UGUAUAGUCAUGCGGACAAUUUGUGUUGAAUAACUACUAUAUUAUUUCUCGGUAUUCGAUUGGUACAUCCUGUUCCACCAGUGAACGAACGAUGAUCCUCAGGUCGUUAAAGGUCCGGCUUCUGGCCAGGAUGGCAGUCCAGCUGCAGCGACAUCGACCGUACACGGAAGGCAACAUUCUGAAGCUGCAAGAUCGUGGAUUUUUUCAGGAUGUAUUCCCAGCCGAGGCAAUCGACAAAGCUCGCAGUAUUCUGGGGGCCAGCCCGCAAACCAUCUAUGCCGGAUUUGAUCCAACGGCAGACAGUUUGCAUGUCGGUAAUCUACUGGUCAUUAUCGGUCUGCUGCACAGCCAACGGGCCGGUCAUCAACCGAUUGCUUUGCUGGGUGGUGCCACCGGACUGAUUGGAGAUCCGAGCGGACGUAAAACGGAACGUCAGGCGAUGCCAACCGGUCAAUUGGAUCAAAACCUAACCUGCAUCGGAGUACAGAUUGAACGUAUCUUCGAGCAUCACCAGGAGUUGCUGUGGGAAAAACGAGGCCAAACCGGUGUUCUGAAACCGGUGCUUGUAGUAAACAAUGCGGACUGGUACAAGGCGCUGAACUUUGUCGAGUUUGUUUCCGGUAUCGGACGACACUUCCGGAUGGGGUCGAUGCUGUCUCGAGCUUCCGUGCAGAGUCGACUGCAAAGCGAAGCCGGAAUGAGCUUCACCGAGUUUACGUAUCAGAUUUUCCAAGCCUACGAUUGGUCCCAUUUGCUCGCGGUGCACAACUGUCGCUUUCAGUUGGGCGGAAGCGAUCAGAUGGGAAACAUUAUGUCCGGACAUGAAUUGAUUUCACGGGUAAAUCGGAAGGAAGUUUUCGGGAUCACUGUACCCUUAAUUACCAACGAGGAAGGGGACAAAUUCGGUAAAUCCGCCGGGAAUGCUAUCUGGUUGGCCAGUGAAAAAACAUCUCCGUACGCGCUGUACCAGUUUUUCGUUCGAACACCGGACGCGGAGGUUGAGAAGCUACUGAAGCUUCUAACUUUCCUGCCACUGGACGAGAUUCGCAGCUUGAUGGCAAGUCAUCAACGGAUGCCGGAACUGUGGCAAGCACAGAAACGACUGGCUCAGGAACUGACGUUGCUGGUUCACGGCGAAGAUGGUCUACGGAAGGCAAAGGAUAUUAGUGCGGCAUUGUACAGCGGUAACGUGGAAGCCUUGGGUGACCUGGAAAUCCGUGACAUUUCGCAAACAUUCGGUGGUGCACCACUGAUCGAAAUUUUCCCCGAACCUGGACUGACCGUUCUGAACGUGGCAAUGCGGGCACGGUGUUUUCCCACGGAAAAGGAUGCACUCAGGAUUAUACAGGCCGGUGGUUUUACGAUUAAUCUUAACAAAGCAAGAAACCCACUGGAAGUUUUAGCUCCUGGUGUUCACAUUCUCAAGAAUGGCAUUUCACUGCUUCGCGUCGGUAAGCGUAAUUAUUACAUAGUCAAAUGGUUAGCCUAGAUUCGGGUACGUCUGUUUGCUGAAAUAUUACAAAAAGAAAUCCAAACAGGUUAUGGGAAUCUCCCUGGGAAAAGUUCAAGUCCACAAACGCACUUAG